CCCCUCGCCCAUAAGGCAACAUUGAAAGAAACAAAUCUUUGCGAAACGCUACACUGACUCGAUCCACCGGCAUCAGUUCGAAAGUGGAAGAUGAACGCUUCAUUGGUUUUUUACGCGGCGGCUCUUAUCGCACUCCUGUGUCUCGACGCCACCGGCAUUCAUGGCUUCCAGUGUGGAAUAAGGCAAGACAAAACUCGUUCGCUGAUCACCAACGCGUACGACAUUCAGCCCGGGGAUUACCCCUGGCACACGGCGAUCUACCAGGUGAUUCCCCUUCGGCAGUACAUCUGUGGUGGUACUCUGGUGGGUCAAAGUGUCGUCAUCACUUCGGCCCAUUGCGUCACAGUACCAGGGCUGGGUGUAGCACGAGCCAUCGAUGAUCUUGUGAUAAAAGUUGGAAAGCAUCUGCUGAAUGUCCAAGGAGACUUUGAGCACGAGAGAGGACUAAGUUCAGUGAUUAUUCACAAUGGCUUUAGCUCUGAUAAGCAUGACAAUGAUAUUGCUUUGUUGAUCACCAAAGAGCCAGUACAAUAUGGGAAGUUUGUUCAACCGGCAUGUCUGCCUACAUUUUCGUUAACCAAUGACGAUGCCCUCGGCACCAUUGUUGGUUGGGGCUUCACGGAGAAGAAAUCGAUAUCCAAUGUUCUGAAGGCAGCAAAUGCACCGAUUGUAUCCAAAGCUGCAUGUGUGACCAGUAAUCCAACUGUAUUCUCAACGACUCUCACAAACCAGAUGUUCUGUGCUGGGUUUCGAAAUGGCACGAAUGCUUGCAAUGGUGAUAGCGGUGGUGGAUUUUUCCGGUUCGUAAAAGGAAGUUGGUAUCUUGUUGGGAUUACAUCGUUUACGGCAGCCAGACAACAGGAUGAGAAUCUGUGCAGUUCUACUGAUUAUACGGCGUACAUAGAUGUGGUGAAAUAUAAGCGAUGGAUCAAGGAGAAUUCAGAUUCUUCGUUUGGAUCACCUUGUUUGGAUAUCCGGUCGCCAACAAAACUGAAGAAGCAGUAUUUUGUACACAACAACAUAGAAGUAACUUUCUUGGAAGCGUGGAGGAAGUGUCAAACCAUUGGCCAUCGCUUGGCCACAAUUACUUCGGAAGAAGAUAGCCGACUUAUCGAACAAGCGAUUGCAAAGUCAGGCAACACGAAAGGUCCGUGGUACAUCGGUGGCACCGACUUGGGCAAUGAAGGUCACUUUGUUUGGAUAUCUACCAAUAAGCCCAUCGGGUACAUGACCGGAUAUUUCAACUACUCACCAGGACAACCCGAUAAUGCAGGAGGAAAUGAGAACUGUCUGGAAAUUGGUCGCUGGGGCGGUGUGGUUUGGAACGAUGUUCCGUGCGAGUGGAGGCAACGCUACAUAUGUGAAUAUGUCAGCCCGUACUGAUAGUAGACAUUUAUUACUCAAUAAAAACGAUAAUAAUUUUAA